AUGGCUCCACCUAUAAAUGCGGAUGGCUAUGGUCGGCCCGAGCGUAGCUACAGGGACCUGUUGUGGCAGUUCGGAGCCCACUUAAAGGAUUACUGUUCCAAUUGCACAUUGGCCGGAUUCGCUUACAUAGCAAAUUCCAGGCUGCAUCCCACGGAGCGUGUUUUUUGGCUCAUUUGUGUGUUAGUUUCGUCCUUGGGCUGCUACUGUCUGAUCGUGGAGUAUCAGCGGAGUUUUCCCACACGAGCCGUCAGCAUUGUGUACGAGAGUUUGCCUCCGUUUUCAAACUGGAAGUUCCCCUCUGUCAGCGUAUGUGAGUACCUCCACAAGUAUCAACUUAUUCCGAAAUACGUGGAUUACAUAGGAAGCUUGGGAGUCGACAGGGAUGGAGGUUACCCAUACGAAUUGGAGGUUGGUUUCGCGGCUAUUCUAUAUCCCCCAACAUACAACGAGGGCACAUUGAAGCAGCUCUGCCCCACCGUCAGCCAAUGCCCUAACUGUGCUACAUGUCCAAGCGGAAAUUUUCGUCAAAUCAAAAACUGGUAUGGAGCCAACUGCUCGGACGUGAUGGCCGAGUGCAAGCUCUCCGGACAGCCGUUCGACUGUUGUCAGUACUUUCAACCCCUGAUCACUCCGUUCGGUCCCUGCUUCAUGCUCAAUUCGCUGCAGAACAAUGAGCCUGGCUCGGAGCACUGGCUAAACACAGACUUGGAUCCUUCAUAUCAGAAGGCCAAGUUGGAGUUGGGUAUGAAGACGUCGGUACACGUCUCUGUGCUAAAUGAGGAGGAUAUUGCGCACACGGCCAUCGUGCCACCUGGGGUCCCUAUUUCGUUGCCGGGGCAAGGAAAGUAUUUCCAAAUUCAAGUGGUGAGAAUGGUAAACGAUCCGGAUGUGAAUGAGGUCGACCCGAAAAUCCGUAGCUGUCUGUUUCCGAAUGAGUCACCGCCGGCGAGCCAAUAUAAGGCUUAUAGCUUCACCACUUGCAUCGCCGAUUGCGCCAGGAAAAUGCAAAUAGAAACGUGUGGAUGCGCGUCGAUAUUCGUGAGUCCAACGGAAGAUCCGCGAUACCCGGAUUGCGAUCUGGAUGGUUUCUUAUGUCUGGAGUCACAUGGUCUGAUAAAGCCAGACUCCAAGCUACUAAAGAAUAACAACAAGGGCCACAAGGAUAGCUGCGGAUGUCUGCCGUCCUGCAACGAUGGCGAUAUCCAAAUUAUUUAUGAGGCCUUUUCCACAUAUAACCAAAGCACAACGCUUCGCACUGUGACAAUAUCAAUUCCCGCUCUGCCGACAGAUCAGUUUCGGCGGCAAGCGAUUCGAACGCGUCUGGACGUGGUGGUCUCCAUGGGCGGAAUGCUGGGACUUUUCCUGGGGGCCAGCAUCCUCAGCGCCAUCGAGUUUAUCUACUAUUUCACGGUGCGACCCUUCACAAAUAUGCUGCGGGCACGUUCAGCUCGGGUCUAA